AAUUGGCCUCCAUACAUCCUUAGCGAUAUAUUAAGAUUUUGAGCAACUAGCCGCCAUGUCUGCUAUUUCUAAAUUGGAUGGAAAAGUUGCAUUAAUUACAGGUGCCAGUUCCGGUAUUGGGGCAGGAACAGCCAUUUUGUUUUGUAGGCUUGGUGCGAAGGUAUCCAUCACAGGCAGAAAUAUUGACAAUUUAGCUGAAACGGCUGCCCAGUGUGAAAAAGAAAAUGGAAAAAGGCCGUUGACUCUUAGCGGUGAUUUGACAAAGGAAGAUUUUGUUAAGCGACUUGUUGACGAAACAGUAAAACAUUAUGGAAAAUUGGACAUUCUGGUCAAUAAUGCAGGGAUAUUGAAAUCUGGAAGCAUUGAAACAACAUCACUGGAGCAAUAUGAUGAAUGCAUGAAUACCAACGUCAGAGCUAUUUAUCAUCUGACUAUGCUUGCAGUUCCACAUCUCGUCAAUGCAAAGGGAAACAUUGUUAAUGUAUCAAGUAUCGCAAGUAUCAGAUCAUUUCCUGAAUUGUUACCAUACUGUGUGUCCAAGAGUGCCCUAGAUCACUUUACUAGGUGUACUGCAAUAGAGUUGGCCCCUAAACAGGUCCGGGUAAACAGUGUAAAAUGUUCAUGUAUUUGUAGCCCCGGUGCUAUAAUUACUGAUUUAUUCAAGACGUUGGGAAGAAAUGAAGAGGCCUAUCAGGAGUUUCUAGAGCUCUCCAAAACAAAACAUCCGCUAGGACGGUCAGGUGAGGUGGAGGAAGUGGCCAAUGCGAUUGCUUUCCUGGCAUCAGACAGUGCUUCCUUCAUCACGGGUGUACAAUUACCAGUGGAUGGCGGUAGAAACGUUCUUUGUCCGUGAUAAGAAGAUAUAUAAUGGGGGAGAUCAAACGUUCAAUGUCUGAAAAAAAAUCACGUCGUUUUCACCCCCCCUCCCCCUCCCCAUACAAAACUAAAUAUGAUGAAUGUUGAAACUAAUCGAUUAACAAGUAAAAACAUACGAUUAUAGAUAACACUCUGUAUAUAUCUUCUACUGUUUAUUCACCAAUGAAAGUGUACAUCAGAACUGUUAAAUGUUCGUUAAAAUGUAAUAUUAUCAUGUGCUUUUUAACAGUCGUUUGUGUUGGUUUUUUUUUCUUUUUCCACUAAAGUGUAAUCGUUGUCGGAUGACAGAAACUUACGAGAUAUUUUAUUCCCCCCUCCCCUAGCUAUUUGAAUUUAGAUUUUUAUCCGACAUCGAUCUUUUGAUCUCGCCCCUGACACGUCCUUGAUAUCUUGCUAAGAACAUAAAACAAAACUAUACACCGCCACUUCUAGAUUUUAACCGGAUAUAAUUAUUAUUGAGAGUGAAACUCUCUCUCUCUCUCUCUCUCUCUCUCUCUCUCUCUCUCUCUCUCUCUCUCUCUCUCUCUCUAUAUAUAUAUAUAUAUAUACUAGUAUAUAGAAAGUUAUAUAUCGUAACUUUGUGAUACUGAUACUUUGCCGAGGCUCAGUAUUACUGUGUACAUGUAUAUAUUCCUGAAUACAUUAAUCUAUGCAGUAACUUGGUUUGAUCUACGUUAGAAAGAAAUUGAGGACUUUUGGUAUUUGUAAAUUCUAGAGAUCAUUCCAAGCUCAACAUAUAUAUAUAUUACACCAUUCAUUUGGUUUUGUUGUUAAUCGCGUGCAUUUCAAUCGCUAAAGUUAUUUUUUUACAUUUACCUGAGAAUAAACAUGAUAAAGAAUAAAGAGUAAUUGAUAAAG